AUGUCCGAUAUCGAUACUUUGGCAAUUAACUGUAUUCGUGUCUUGGCUGCAGACACUGUCCGUAAAGCAGACUCUGGCCAUCCUGGUGCUCCACUGGGAAUGGCUCCUGCUGCCCAUGUUUUGUUCUCAAAUAUGAAAUUCAAUCCUCAAGAUCCCGAAUGGACAAACAGAGACAGAUUUGUCUUGUCUAAUGGUCAUGCUGUUGCAUUGCAGUACGUUAUGCUUCAUUUCCUUGGCUAUGAUCUCACUCUGGACGACUUGAAGAGUUUCAGACAGCUAGGUUCCAAGACUCCUGGACACCCUGAGCGUGAAACUCCCGGUGUCGAGGUCACAACGGGUCCUUUGGGUCAGGGUAUUUCAAAUGCUGUUGGUCUGGCCAUUGCCCAGGCUAAUAUUGCUGCCACUUAUAAUAAGCCAGACUUUACCAUUUCUGAUAAUUACACUUACUCAUUCUUUGGCGAUGGAUGUAUGAUGGAGGGUGUCUCUCAUGAGGCUUGUUCCCUUGCUGGCCACUUAAAAUUAGGUAAUUUGAUUGCCUUCUACGAUGAUAACAAAAUUUCUAUUGACGGUAACACUGCUCUGGAGUUCGACGAAGACGUUGCCAAGAGAUUGCAAGCAUAUGGUUGGGAAGUCAUAGACGUUCCUAAUGCCGAUACCGACGUUGCAGCUAUAUCCUCGGCUCUACAAAAGGCCAAACAAACGAAGGAUAAACCCACUUGUAUUCAAAUCCAUACCACUAUUGGUUACGGUUCUGUUAAUGCGGGUACUGCAUCCGUUCAUGGCUCUCCUUUGAAACCAGAGGACAUUGCUCAGUUGAAGAAGAAGUUCGGAUUUGACCCUAAAAAGUUCUUCGCCGUUCCCCAACAAGUUUACGACUACUACCACAAGGUUUCUGCCGCUGGAGCCAAGGCCGAAAAAGAAUGGAAAUCUUUAUUCGCUUCUUACAAGAAAGCUUAUCCUAAAGAGGCUGCCGAAUACGAGAGAAGACAGUCAGGCAAACUUCCAGAAGGAUGGGAAAAGCUUUUGCCUUCCUAUACUCCUGCAGACCCUGCAACAGCCACUCGAAAGUUGUCAGAAACCGUUUUGUCCGACCUCGUUGCUGGAAUUCCUGAGAUUAUUGGUGGUUCUGCCGAUUUGACUCCUUCUAACCUAACCCGUUGGAAGAAUGCCGUCGACUUCCAGCCUCCUCAGUCUGGAUUGGGUGAAUAUUCUGGUAGAUAUAUCCGUUACGGUGUUCGUGAGUUUGGUAUGGGUGCCAUUAUGAAUGGAAUUUCCGCCUAUGGCAUGAACUUGAAGGCAUACGGUGGUACUUUCUUGAACUUUGUUUCAUAUGCCGCUGGUGCCGUUAGAUUGUCCGCACUUUCUGGCCUUCCUGUCAUCUGGGUGGCUACUCACGACUCCAUUGGUCUUGGUGAAGAUGGUCCAACUCACCAGCCUAUCGAAACCUUGGCACACUUUAGAGCUCUGCCAAACCUUAUGGUUUGGCGUCCAGCUGACGGUAAUGAGGUCUCUGCAGCCUACAAGGUUUCUUUGGAAUCUGAUCGCACUCCAUCCAUCAUUGCCUUAACUAGACAAGGCCUUCCGGAAUUGAAGGGCUCUUCUGUUGAGAAGGCUUCUAAGGGUGGUUACGUCUUGCAGGAUCCUAGCUCCACUGCCAAAUUGAUUAUCGUUGCCACAGGUUCUGAGGUUUCCCUUUCUGUUAAGGCUGCUGAGUUGUUGGAAAAACGUGGAAUUCCAACAAGAGUGGUUUCAUUACCAGACUUCUUCUCUUUCGACCAUCAGUCUCUUGAAUACAAGAAAUCGGUUCUUCCAGAUGGUGUUCCAAUCAUGUCUGUUGAAGUGUUAACCACUUUUGGAUGGAGCAAAUACUCUCAUUCCCACUUUGGCCUCGACAGAUUCGGUGCUUCAGGUAAGGCUAAUGACAUCUUCAACAAGUUUGAGUUUACACCCGAAGGUGUUGCCAAGAGAGGUGCUGCCACUGUUGGCUUCUUCAAAGGUUCAAAGUUGUUGUCACCUUUGGACCAACCUUUCACAUCGAUUCAGUAA